AUGGAAGACCACGAGUUUUUGGACAGAAGGAUUCCACCUGAUAUUAUCGAUCAGGAUCCAGUUCACGAAAGCCUUAGAAUUUGUCGAUUAAUUGCUGUAAGGCUAAUGGAGACUAUACUUCGCCUUCCUGGUCUCAUUCUGUUAGAGUUAUGGUGGAGAAAUCGCGACAUAAGUUUUGAAGAAAUUACACAGGAAAUGCUGAAAAAGGCACCUUUUAAUUCCUAUCUAGAUAUUUCUACUAUACUGGAUUUUGUUCACAGAAGAGACUUUGAUAAUUCAGCUGCUAUUAUUUUGAGUUACUCAGUGUUAUUUCUAAGCGUCAUGUUUCUCACGCUACCACUGUCGAAGUUAUUCAAACUGUACACUCACGCAUUCAGUUUGUUGAUAUUUGCCUUUGCGCAUUAUAUGUCAACAACAUAUGUUAAUCUCGAGCAGAACAGCGAAGAUAAAGAGCUAAAGCUCGACAAUUUUGUGAAACUGGAAAGGCAUGGAUUCCACUUCUUAGCUCAGUUGAUGCUAAGCGUGGUGCAGAGCUGUGUUCUCGGCUUAGAAAGUGAUGUGGGCAGAGCUUUUCUCACAGUAUUCACUCUUCCGAUUGUAGCCCGGAUGUGUGGGUUUCCCGUGGAAAGGCUAAUUUUAGCUCAUAAUGUCGCCUGUUCUCUGGUGAUGUUGUCUAUUUGCAUUUAUGUUUUGAACCGUGUACCAGAUAUGGUUCACGGUAUGCGAACAGCAUUUCGUCAAAUCAAAGCAAUCUUCGUUGUACGUGGUUUAGCGGGUGGUUUUGUCACCGUAUGGCGUCGCCUCCGCAUCGCUGAACUGAUGACGUGUGCUUGGUUGACGAUGUUUGUGAUUCGUAUGUACGUAGAGAUUUGGGAAAAGGGACGAACUUGGCGAGAAGCAGGUCCAGCGUUACUUGCUAGUAUCGCUGAAAGCACGAAUACACCAAUUUCAUUACUUGCUCUUGCUUUAACAGUCUCAUUCGUUUGUAAGUGGGUUGUUGAUGGAGCGCAGUUGGUCAUCGGAGGACGUCGCGACCACGGACAUGUGCUUGCUCAUUCUGGGUACACUGAAGCACUGACGCUUGUCUUGUUAUGCCUACAGACUGGCUUGCUUGGCAUGAAAACGGAACAGAAAGCCUUCUUGCUUGGCCUGGUCCUGUUUAUCGUGAUGUCGGCACUUCUGCAGUCGUUAUAUGAGCUCCUGGAGCCUCAACUACUGUCUUUGGCUGCUUCGCCUACAGCAUCUCGUGGUCGACAUAUCCGAUGUCUGUUGCUUGCCGCUCAUCUCUUCAUUGCACCAAUUGCCAUGGCUUGUGCCAUAACAGCCUUCCUUCCGAUUGAUUUGUGGUGCGUCAUUAUUGUGUCUAACUGUGUGCUGACCACGAUUCAUGCUGCAUCAUCAACUGUACAAUAUGCUAUUGGAAUGAUUGAGUCAUACUCGGCGGAACCAUGGGAACACAGUGAUGAUCUUACAUUCUGGACAAGAAUGGUCACAAAAGUCUUCGAGCUUUCUAUCGCCCUCAUUGUACUCGUCUACGGGAUAGUCUUCACGGUAUCUGGAAAUUGGACAUUGGCCACUAUCGCUGUGCUUAUCUUCCACGUGAUAUUCAAUAUCUAUAGAAGGAUGGAAACACUGCUCGGGUCAAUGACUGCUCGACAAGCUGCGGUGAAGAAUAUCAACCGUUUGCCUCGUGCGAGCAGAGAAGAACUUAAGGCUCGGAGUGAUGUUUGCGCGAUUUGUUUCAUGGAGAUGUGUGAAGAAGCACGGGUAACUCCAUGCAAGCACUUCUUCCAUGGCGCUUGCCUUAGAAAGUGGCUAUCAGUACGACAGGUCUGCCCGCUAUGUUAUACGGAGCUCUUGGACCCUAUUAGUGAACCAGCUACUGAAGAGCUUGAGAGAGAAGCAUCGCCUGAACGUGAAAGAGUACGUGAAAGGAAUAUGGAGUGGAGGGAGAUGCGUGCCAUGGAAGACGUUAGCUUCAGGCUUAUAUACCCUGAUUUCCUUCAAUCACCAGUAUGGAAUCGACGGAAUCCUUUAUUUGAAGAACUCAUUCAUAAAGAUAUGCUCGAACGUCGGAUGAAUAUUGACAUUCCGGAAUUCUACGUCGGCUCUAUUGUUGCUGUAACCACUUCGGAGAAAUGUUUGGGUAGCAAAGAACAUCGCUUUGUCGGAAUCUGCAUUCGUAGAGAAAGAGAAGGUCUUCAUCAUCAAUUCACUCUAAGAAAUGUAGUAGAUGGCGUUGGCGUUGAAAUAAUGUAUGAAUUGUACAAUCCGACAAUAAGAAAAAUUGAAACUCUCAAAUUGGAAAAACGUUUGGACAACGAUCUAAGCUAUUUAAUUGAUGCACUUCCUGAAUACAGCACAUUCGACUUUAACAUGGAACCGAUUUCGCACGCAGCUGGAACACCUGUUCCCAUAAAUCCAAUCAAGGUGAAAAUGCGAACCCCUCCUUGGGCACGUCGAUGGGAAUUGUUUGACCUGAAGGGCAUUGAAGACGCAUGGAUACAUGCUACUCCCUAUUUCAAGCGGAAAUUCCAUAAAACGAAGAUGAAUGACUACAUGCGGUACGACUUGAUUGCUAAUUAUCGAACUGGGUCGAAUUUGGAGCACGAGUUGAAGGUGGAAGAAGAGAUCCAGCGCUUUGAAAAAGAACGCCACCAAGCUGGUGUCACUCGACGUCGUAUAUUCCGCAGUGCCGCUGCCGCAAGAUGA